AAGUGGUAUAACGUUGAGGCGUGAGCUGGUUAAGUAUCAACUCUUACUCUUAAAAUGGUUCCACAAUUGAUUUUUGACUUAGUUGUAUGUAUUCUCAUCGUCGCGGGCGAAGUAUACGAGCGUGAGCGUGAACGUCAACACGCUCUUUUAAGACUUGACCGUAGUUGCGAUCUCGGCUCCUGCUUUCCCGUCUCCGGGGACCUCCUCAUCGGUCGUGAAGAUCGCCUUUCUGCUACGUCUACGUGUGGAACCUACAAACCCGAAAGAUACUGUGAAAUUACAGAUUUGAGAAGGAAAACCUGCUUCUGGUGUGACUCCAGUGGCGACACCGUAAACAAUUUAAAAUUAAACCAUAGAAUACAUAACGUUAUUUACAAAUAUUCCGGAACGCGUGGCGAAUCGUGGUGGCAAUCCGAGAAUGGCAAAGAAAAUGUUUCCAUCCAGUUGGAUUUGGAAGCAGAAUUCCGUCUUAAUCAAUUAAUCAUGCAGUUCAAAACAUAUUUACCAAAGGCCAUGUUAGUAGAGAUGUCAACCGAUUUUGGGAAAACAUGGCGUGUAUAUCGUUAUUUUGCGUACAAUUGUACUGAAUCUUUCCCCGGAAUUCCGGAGAUAACAAUCUCUUUGAUGGAAGUUGCUUGCGAAUCGCUAUAUUCUGGAGUUAUCCCAUCAACUGACGGGAUUUUUAACCUUAGAUUUUUACCGCUAGGUGUCGGUCCGUAUUCCGAGGAAGCAAAGAUUUUUUUACGCACGACUAACCUUCGGAUCAACUUUACAAAACUUCACAGUUUUGCUUCAAAUGGCGAGAUAUUAUACAAUAGUGACAAUAGAGCGGCAAUUGGAGAUAACUACUACGCCAUUAAAAAAAUAACUGUUCUUGGUUCUUGUUUCUGUAAUGGACACGCAGCAAGAUGUAUACCGUUUUCCGGAAACGACUCAAAUGACAACAUGGUUUACGGUCGCUGCAAGUGCGCUCAUAAUACGCUCGGAAUAAAUUGCGAACUUUGUGAUGAUUUGUUCAAUGAUUUACCUUGGCAGCCAGCUGUUGCAAAGAAGACUAAUGCGUGUAAAAAGUGUCCCUGUAAUAAUAACGCUACAAAAUGCCAUUUUGAUCCCGAACUUUAUAAUAAAAGUGGAAAGUUACGUGGUGGUGUUUGUGAUGAUUGACAACAUAACACUACGGGUAUACAAUACAUCAUGAACGUUGCCGAAGGACAUUUUAUCAAGAUCCUCACUUAGACAUUCAAGAUCUUUAUUUA